AUGUGUGAAGUUUGGCAGCAGACGAAGAUAUCAGACUUGAGUGAAAUGAUGCGAAAUGGUUCUUUGUUAUUCGCGUGGGGUCUUUCUCGUGGUGUGGUUUCCUUUUCUGCUACUACUGCUUCUGUUCCCGGCUCUCGUCGCCUUCUGGAGCAGCCAUUGAAAAAACUGACUCAGGGUGAUUCGGGUCCAAGAGCUGAAGCAAGAGAAGCAGCCGCUGCAGCUGCUAUUGUAUGUACACCUGUAACUGUAGAAGGCGGCAGUGGCGGCGAUGGUUCCAUUGCCUUCCUUCGCCUCAAAGCGGCGCCACGCAGCGGUGCUGCAGGGGGUUGCGGUGGACGAGGUGGAUGUGUGUUGCUGCGGGCUGUGGGGCCCCUUGAUGAAUCCUCAGGGGGCCUGAGGCGUUUUACAUCACUGCUGGAGAGCGGAAGCUGGCGUGCGGCUUCAGGGGCGACAGGAGCAGGGCAAGGGAAGACGGGGGCGAGUGGGUCUGAUCUGCUACUGGGGCUCCCUCCAAAUGCUUUGGUCGUAGACGUCUCCCCUCUGCAGACGCUUGCUGCUGUUGCGAUGCGGCGUUUGCUGCAGCAGCAGCAGAGCGACCAUGAGAUCAUUGAAGCAGAACAGUUAAAGGAGGAACAUCGACAGCUGCAAGAGGAACAAUCGCGCCCGCUUUGCUGCACCUACUUUGCAGCUCCAGGGGAAACCCUCGUAGCCGCCCGCGGCGGGUCCGGGGGGCGUGGCAACUCCGCCUUUGUUUCUAAUAACAACAGGCAUCCCUUACUAAGCGAAACAGGGUCUCCUGGAGAAAAACGAAAACUACUGGUGAUGCACGACUUUGCAGACUUCAUCGUCGUAGGUCGCAUGCAAAGUGGCAAAUCCACGCUGCUGAGAGCCCUCACUUCAGCAGCAGCUGACACUGCUCCAGCGGAAGCGAUGGAUUCUGUGGGUGCGGCUACUGAUGCAUCUGUUGCUGUUGGUGAGACAGCUGGUAGUAACUCCAUCGCCGUCACUGCUGAGCAAGGUGAACACGUCUUGCUAGAUAAAGCAACAAUGCAGCAGCAGCAACAACGGCAGUUACAGUGGCUUUCAGCUGCGGUCCCAGAUGAUGUGUGGCUACCAACUACCGAACCAGCUAUCUGCAUAAUUCCUGCACCUUCAGAACAAAUGGAAGCGGAACAAUGCGGCACAGAUAUCCAGCAGCAGCAGCAGCAAGGCAAACGAGGCCUGGGUGAUGCCUUACAGCAGGCUAUGGAGCUCGCCUCGGCGGCACCAGUUGUGGCCCUCGACACACCAGGACUACUAACACCGGCAGUUUCCUCAGACUCAGAACAAGCAGCGACAUACUCAGAGAGCAAAUGGCCUCCUGCAGCAGGGCAACAGGACGAUCCCCUCAAGGGUUUGAGUGCCGCCACCGCCGUCGUACUUGUUAUCGAUGGAUCCGUUCCCAAUCCUGCAGGGGAGUUUAUGAUGCUCCACCAGGAGAUGCUGCAAGCUAAUCCCCAGCUAUCAGAGCUACCAGUUAUCCUUGUUCUUAACAAGAUAGACCUGCGACGGCAAGAACAGCAAGAGCAAGGCCCAUCGCAUGAUGCAGAGCUGGUGGAGAGCGUGAGAAGACAGACAGGAAUUAAGGAGGUGUACGCUGUGUCGGCACUACGAGGCGACGGUUGUCGUGGUCUUUUAGAAGCGCUUCGAAGGAUUGCAGGCUUAGAAGCUAUCAGCCCAAAACAGCAACAGCAGCUGCUGUUGCACUUCCAGCAGCAGCAGGAACAGCCGCAGCAAGAGCAACAGCAGCAGCAACUCAAGCAGAUCGACCCAGCUGCUUAUCACCUGGCGUUUUUCGCCGCUUACUCUGCAGCUGCUGCAUCAGCGCGUCGACAUAUGUUGCUUUUUUCUGUCCGCGAGCUGCAGCAGCAACAGCAGAACCCAGGAGCAGAUUUGGUGCAGCGUCCGGCGUCAGCCCCUCCCCAACGCGUAUCCAGCAUCAGCAGCAAGAAGCACGUGUACCCCUGUUUUCCUGUUCUAGAUGAUCCAUACAAGUGGACCCUCGUGGAGCUUGAGGGACACGGAACUCUGCAACGACUGCUGCAGAGCCGAGAGGUGCUGCAUGCCUCCCCAGACUUUGCGGGUGAAGACAGCAUCAGCGGUCGGCGAUGUUUCGAACUAAGGGGUCCCCUUGUGCCACUGUUAACUGAACCUGUGAAGUUCAGCAGCGAAGCAGCGAAGCUGCGGUUGUACAGACAACUCAACGCCCUUGACAUCAUAGAACGAGCUUACACUGACGUGGGAGCCAAUGUUGGCGACUACCUUCUAGUUGGCCCGGUGCUGCUGCAGUUGCUCCCUUUACUGCGGCAUUCCAGAGGUCGGAAGAGAGACUACCAUCAUAAAUUUUGGUGCGGAGAUACGCUGGAUAUAUUGAAGAAAGAUGGCAUCCCAAUCAAUAUCUGUGUCGUUUUCAAGAUGCUGCAUCGCUCAGCCCAAGCGUUCGACCGUAUAGCGCAACUGACCCUAAUGCCGUCCACAGACGCCGUCGCUUGCGUCGUAGGAUCCCUCAGGCAGCUCGCCCCUGAGCAGUGCCAGCAUUUGGUCAAGCGGAUGAUGUUUUCUCGCCAGUACACUUCCACGGCAAAUCCUGGACACUUUGUUGGAAUCAAAGUCGCAAACUUCAAGCGUUAUGUACCCGUUAGAAUCAAGUUCAUCAAAUGA